AUGGUGGUUCCACUCCAGACAAUGAGUACUUCUCUUGUUGCAAUUUCGGUUUCUCAACAAAUACCUUGGCCACACAAUGAGGACCCAUAUUCUAUUUUGGCUUCCAAGGAACUCUUCAUAUUGCUUAAAAGCAUGUCCACUACUCUCCAACACCACCUUUCCCUUAGCAAAGGCCCAGGGCUCCACUUUUCAGUUCUAAGAAAUGCUGGAGAUUGGAGAUUCCAUCUGGGUGUGAUUGUGCAUCUUCUAUGGUUGCCUUUUAUGGUGGAUGCUCUCAACUUGGCCUUAAUGAAGCUUUACGACUCAGAUGCUGCCUUAGAGGCCUAUUGA